ACAGUCGACUAGCUCUGAAGUCUCCAGGGCCGAGGCCGAGGCCUAGGUACUUUUUGUUGCCGUAAAAAUUUCUAACCAAUCCCCAUGUUUUUGUGCCCGUUUUGAGCGGGGUCUGGACCUUAUGAGGCAUUUUCGCUCGGGGUAGAUUGCGGAAGAAAACCACAAUAGUUGGAAAAGGCAGCGCGAGGAAACAAGGAUUGGAAAAAAUGACAUCUCGGAGGUGGUUCCACCCCAACAUAACAGGGGUGGAGGCUGAGAAUCUGCUGCUGACCCGGGGGGUGGACGGGAGCUUCCUGGCCCGACCCAGCAAGAGCAACCCUGGAGACUUCACCCUCUCUGUCAGACGUAAUGGAGCGGUCACCCACAUUAAGAUCCAGAACACGGGGGACUACUAUGACCUGUACGGGGGGGAGAAGUUUGCCACCCUGGCUGAGCUGGUUCAGUACUACAUGGAGCACCACGGCCAACUCAAGGAGAAGAACGGAGACGUCAUCGAGCUCAAAUACCCCCUCAACUGUGCUGACCCCACCUCUGAGAGGUGGUUCCAUGGUCACCUGUCAGGCCGGGAGGCUGAGAAGCUGCUAACGGAGAAGGGGAAGAAUGGUAGUUUCCUGGUCAGAGAGAGCCAGAGCCACCCUGGAGACUUUGUUCUGUCCGUCCGCACCGGUGACGACAAGACAGACAGCAACGACGGCAAGCCCAAGGUCACGCAUGUCAUGAUCCGCUGCCAGCAUGACCUGAAGUAUGACGUGGGUGGAGGAGAGAAGUUUGAUUCUCUGACAGACCUGGUAGAGCACUAUAAGAAGAACCCCAUGGUCGAGACACUGGGCACAGUGCUGCAACUCAAACAGCCCCUUAACACCACUCGUAUCAACGCAGCGGAGAUCGAGAGUAGAGUGAGAGAGCUUAGUAAACUGGCCGAGGCCACGGACAAGGUCAAACAGGGCUUCUGGGAAGAGUUUGAGACUUUGCAGCAGCAGGAGUGUAAGCUGCUAUACAGCCGCAAGGAGGGACAGAGAGCAGAGAACAAGAACAAGAACCGAUACAAGAACAUUCUUCCCUUUGAUCACACUCGUGUGGUGCUGAACGAUGGGGAUGGAUCUGAGGCUGGGUCUGACUAUAUCAAUGCCAAUCUCAUCAUGGUAGUAAUGGACAUCAUGCCGGAGUUGGAGUCGAAGUGUAACAACACAAAGCUGAAGAAGUCGUACAUCGCCACGCAGGGCUGUCUACAGAACACCAUCAGUGACUUCUGGAGGAUGGUGUUCCAGGAGAACUCCCGGGUCAUCGUCAUGACUACCAAGGAGGUGGAGAGAGGAAAGAGUAAGUGUGUGAAGUACUGGCCAGACAUGUCGGCUCUGAAGGAGUAUGGAAUCAUGCGUGUCCGCAACGUCAAAGAGACGUCCGCUCACGACUACAUCCUGCGAGAACUCAAACUGUCCAAGGUUGGACAGGGUAACACAGAGCGGACAGUGUGGCAGUACCAUUUCAGAGCGUGGCCGGAUCAUGGUGUCCCUACAGACCCCGGCGGCGUUCUGGACUUCCUAGAGGAGGUCAACCUCAAACAGGAGAGCAUUUUAGAGGCUGGGCCCAUAGUGGUGCACUGCAGUGCUGGUAUCGGGCGGACAGGAACAUUCAUAGUGAUUGACAUCCUCAUUGAUGUGAUCAGAGAAAAAGGAGUGGACUGUGACAUAGACGUUCCUAAGAGCAUCCAGAUGGUUCGUUCCCAGCGGUCUGGGAUGGUUCAGACUGAGGCCCAGUACAGGUUCAUCUACAUGGCUGUCCAGCACUACAUUGAGACACUGCAGAGACGCAUAGAGGAGGAACAGAAGAGUAAGAUAAAGGGGAGGGAGUACACCAACAUUAAGUAUUCUCUGUCUGACCUGACGGGUGGAGACCAGCUGCAGAGCCCUCUGCCUCCCUGCACCCCCAGCCCCAGCCCCACCCCCACCUGCACAGAGAUGAGGGAGGACAGCUCUAGAGUGUAUGAGAACGUCGGUCUGAUGCAGCAGCAGAAGAGCUACAGAUGAGAUUCACCUUUGACCCCCACGCUGUCCCAGGAAUCUGUUUAAAAAAUUUGCCAGCUGCACCUGAACGCCUGAGACGUGAUCACGAUGACUACAUGGAAACGAAUAACCUAAAAUAACUAAAAACUAAAGUCUGAGAGAGGUCUAUGAGAGAACCGAGACUAACGGAGGGAUUUUGUUCCCUUCUUCCUCUUCUCCUCGUUCCCCCUCUCUCUCCAGGAACAGUAGACCUCUAGUCCCCUAAACCACUGUGAUUAUCUGGAGCUUAAUGACAGAACUUAAUAACAAGCCUAAACUAAACCUCAGCCUGCGUUUAGACCUUCUCAGACCAGACCCAGGCUGAGAUUAGCAGCACUCCGCUCUCAGCUCACCAGAGGGAGAAUAACCUAGCUUACCUGUUCUGUUUGUCUUUGUUCCACCCUCUCUUCUUGCCAUACAUUUUUCUUUGGUCUUUUUUCUUAUUAACCAAAGGAAAGAAACGCAUCGAUAGUUUGUUUAUUGGGAAGUAGUGAGAUGAGUGAGCCCUUCUCAGAGUUGAGAAAAAAGGCCUGUGCCAAAAUGGUUUCAUCCAACAUCUCGGCCAAUCAGUGGUCUCCCUCUGCCCGGUUAAACCAGAGUGGGGGGGACACACUGUUUGCAGAGAAAAAAGGGAUAUUUCCAGUGGUAAUAUUGAGUAUCAUGUUUUCAUUGUUUUGUAUCAUGUAUUCUGUUACUGAAGGAAGACUUCUGGGUAUUGUAGUGAUGUCCUUUUUUAUCUUCACCCCCCCUCAAACUAGAGUCCCAAUAACUUCCCAGUGGAUUUCUAUUCAGGAUGUUGGGGAGGAUUUUUUGGUUGCCUUUUUAAAGGCAUAUUUUUGUUGUUUUUGAUUACAUGUUUUUGUUGACAUGUUUUUUGUUGUUGCCUCACUGUGAUACUCAGUCUCCCUUGGUUACCAUUCCCAAACUCGCACCCAAUGUCCUUAACGCCGCAUUCCCAUAGCAACGUAACAGCUACAGCCCAAGCCUUGUACCCUGGGUGGAGAUGGCGGCUAGAACUCCCAGGGUGCCUUGUGUUCCCACUAAGCACUAAUGUGGGGUCUGAGGGUUGUUGUUCAGUUGGUAGUUUCUGGAGGUGAGGUGAGGUCGCCUCGCUCCAUACUGUUUGUAAGUGCUGUUAUGACAACAAACAGAAGAGUUGUCUACAGCACAGACAGUUGGAGACGAGGCUAGAGGUUCAUCCCAGGCUCUUCUGUUCCAAAGUUACUAUGGACACUGUUUCUGGGGUAACUUGUUGUCUAUGCCAGUCCGCCUAGCAACAGGCAUCGCCAUUGAGAUGCGGCUGCCCCAAAAAGUUUUACAUUAUUUCUUUUUUUAAACAAACAUAAUGAUACUAUUACAUUUUGUGUUUUUUCAUUUCUGUUCUUUUGAAAGAUGAAUGCCUAUUGUGUGCUUCAAAAGCACCACAUGAACUUAAUUUUCUCUGUUUCGAGAAGCUACCGCACAUUUUUGAUCUCUGGCAAUUUUAGUUUUCUUUGUCUUUGUUGUCAUGGAAACUACAGGUCGACUGUUGGCUGGAUUGAACUUGAUAGGUUAAAAUGAGUGCCUGGUCACUCUCUCUCACACACACACACACAAUUGCAAUCAGUUGCAAUUCCUUUGUUCUACAUUUGUGUUUCACAGUUGAACAUGCAGUUUCAGUCUCUUUAUUAUUUUGCUAGGUGCAUCACACACAUUACUUUCUCAAACUGUUGUCCAGAUGAAACUAAGUGCUUAUUGUCGACUACAGUAUUCUGGAAAGGGUUGUUCCCAGGUUGAUACAUUAAUGUAAUAUAUAAUGUGUUUUGUAUGUACUUUAUCAUGGUAAUAAUGCAUCUACCCACUUCAUUUCAAAUGUGUAACAUAACGUUAGUUUUUUCGCCAACACACCCCUCCCCUUCUACACAUUUGAUUACUGUUUAAAGGUCUUUUUUUGACACAGCUCAUUCCCUAUGUAGUGCAGUGCACUAUUAAUGGCCAGAGCCUUAUGAGGCCAGAAGUAGUAACCUUUAUAGAGAAUAGGGUGUCAUUUCAGAUCAGCCCUUUAGGUAAUGCAGGGAGUUGUCCUGAUCUACUGUAUGUCCAGGGUUAUGUUCUCAUUCAUCCCCCUUUUCCCCAAAGUGUGCACUUGUUCACUCCCCCUCGUUGUAUUUAAAAGUAUUGGAUUGGUCUGUGUAAGUUUGCCGUCUUGGCAACGAGGGAGGUCUAGAAAGUUCCUUUUCUCAGCCUCUCUGGGGCUCCAGGUACAAGUUACCCCUAAGCACUGAUCUAGGAUCAGCUUUGCCACCCCAAGACAUAACCUUAACCAUUAGGGGAAAACAUUUAAAACUGACUUUAGAUCAGUGUCUAAGGGCAACUUCAUCCUGUUCUGGGGAGCAGUUGUACUUCUGAAUGGUUCGUUUGUUUCUCUGCAGGGUGGAGACCCUCCAUUGACUGAGUUAGGGGAUCUUUAGUAUCCACUGUACUGUGUGUAGUGAGCCUGUUCAUUGUACUGUAGGGUGUCUGUGUGUGUGUGUUUGUCGGACACUAGUCUGUGGCGUGCUUCUGGUGUUUAUGUAUCGUGGUGUGUUGAGAUUUGUAUGUGUUAAUUUGUUGUGUGUGUGUGUGAGAGAGAGAAAGAGGGUGUGCGUGCAAGUGUGUGUCCAGAGAAUACUGGUGUUACAGCUUCCUGCUCCUCAAUGCCUGGUCUUCUCUUCUGAAUUCUGUUGUUUUCCUCUGAUCAUGAUGACAUUUAUUAUUCUCUUGUUUCCUGUUUUUUUUCUGUCACGUAAAGCAUUUACAUGCAUAGAUGUGCCUCCCUAUGCAUAUGUAUUACAUGUGUUGGUUAUACUCUGAGAAACCAGUGCUCUUCAGUCUCACCUCCAUACUUAACAACCUGAGAACACUUUAAUGUGAACUAGCAUAUGAAAAAUGUUGAACUCAAUGCAAACAAACGAAACAAACUAUAUUUUUUAACUUGUAUAUUGUACAUGAAUAUCUUGUAGAGGAGAAUGUACUUACUUAAACAUAUCUAAUUGCCAAUAAGAUAAACUGUCUGUGUAAUCUAAUAGCUCUCUACCCUGUGUCAUGGAGUUGGAGCUUUCUCACAAAGCUUAAGAGGUUUAUCGUAUUUCAUUGCAGGUAACCAUGGUAACUUUCUUGAUAACAAUAAUAAACGGCAAGCUCAUGCCUCAAAACGUC